GAGCUGCGUCCCUGAUCUGUGCUGAGACUCUGCGGCAAGAAAACUUUGGCGGCAGAAUCAUCAUGAUCACCAGAGACGACCUUUUACCUUACGACAAAACACGACUCAGCAAGGUAAUGAAUGUGGAGAGCGACAGUAUUCUGCUGAGGAGGAUGGAGUUUUUUCAUCAGCAUGACAUCGAGGUGUGGCUCAGGAAGGAGGCGGUGUCAGUGGACACAGACAAGAAGACAGUCACAUUUGAUGAUGGUUCAGUCCAAAGCUAUGACCAGCUCCUUAUCUCAACAGGCUGCAGAGCAAAGGGUCUGGAUGUGCCCGGCAUGAAGUUGGACAACGUCAGGAUGUUGGAGACACCAGAGGACGCCCGACAAAUCCACACAGCCUGUCUGGGCUGCAAUGUUGUCCUUGUGGGAACCUCUUUUGUUGGUAUGGAAGUUGCAUCUUAUUUGAUAGACAAAGCCUCCAGUAUCACAGUGAUCGGCAGCAGUGAGCUGCCAUACCAAAACACACUGGGCAAAGAAAUUGGCAAAGUUACCAUGACGAUGCUGUCAGAGAAAAACGUGAGAUUCUACAUGAAUGACAAUGUGACGGAGGUCAGAGGUGUGGACGGCAAGGUGAAGGAGGUUGUGCUUAAAAGUGGAAAAGUUAUCCCAGCGGAUGUUUUGAUUGUUGGUAUUGGCAUCAAACCAAACUCAGAGUUUCUGCGGGGCAGCAAAAUACAGAUGGACUCUAAAAACUUUGUAACCGUUGACAAGUACAUGCGCACCAAUGUCCCCAGUGUGUUCUGUGGGGGCGACCUGGCCACCUUCCCCCUGGCGAUGGCCAGAAACCAGCUGGUCAACAUCGGACACUGGCAGAUGGCACAAGCACAUGGGAGGAUAGCAGCUCUGAACAUGCUGGAUAAA